GGCGGGAGGCGGCAGAGCCCAGGGCGGCGGCGGUGGUCUACUGCAUGAACGAGGCGGAGCUGGUGGACAUGGCCCUGGCGGUCUUGGCCGAGAAGCUGCAGCGUGAUGACGGCGAGGAGAAGGCCCGGUCCGGGAGUGAAGAGGAGCAGGAGGUCCAGCCCACGCCACACACAGCUCCUGGAAGCACCGCCAGCGCGGGGGGAGGCAGCGACCCCAGCCCGGCUCCCCCAGCCCCUCCUGAUGGUGCUGAUGCAGAGAGGACAGGCUGGGAGGACUCUCAGGACGAUGCUCUGAAAUACGUCAGGGAGAUCUUCUUCAGCUAACGUUGCCCCCUCUGCGGCUCCCCAGGAGCAAAGGGGGCAGCGGGGAGGGUGCCCCCUCCCACAGCACUGAGGAUGGUGGGAGGGGGGCUGGCGUGGGCUGUGUUGGUGCCUGUGGAGCUGGUAGGAGGCCCAUGAAGGCCGUGGGGGAAAAAGGAGCACACUCACUUCUCCCAGUGCGUGCUGAGUUCAGUGGGAUUUGGCUCCAGGUUAGGUUACGUUCAUUUCUGUUUGGCGUCUCAGAGCAUGGACAGAUUAAAGAGGACAUUCUGGUUUC